UUAUGAUUUGAUGUUAAAAUUAUCAUGUAAAAUAGGUUGGGGCUUGUUUUAGCAUAGCGUAGGGGUGAAAUUGUUUGGUAUCCAAAGGUUUGGAAUAUAUUAGUAGGUAAUUUGAGGUUUGGUAAAAUAAAGUAACCUUUUUAAAAAUGGUAGCAAUAGCAUCUCGAAUCAGGAAUCAAUUAUUCAAAAAUUAAAGAUUUUUUAGACCAUACAGGAGAAAGACCAAGGCAGAGAGAGAGGGAGAGCGCUUCCAGUUGUUGCUUCUGGUGCUACGGGUUAGGUAGAGAGAAAAACCAAGGAGAAAACGAACGAGAGAUGGGAGCAAUCAAGGGAGCCAUAGUAGAUGGGAUUUUGACAGCCAUGUGGGUAUUCAGCGUUCCUUUGCUGGGUGUUUUCUCCUCCAUCAUAGCAACAUAUGUGGGUGUUGAGGCCAUGUCAAUAGCAGGUCUUUUCAUAUCCAUUAAUGUCGCCGCUCUUUUUAUGCUAACUUUCAGCUUGAUAGGAGCUGCCUUCGGUGGUGCCAGUUUCAACCCUGCCACGACGAUAACACUCUACAUAGCUGGCCUAAAGCCUGAUGCAUCUCUCUUGUCCAUGGCUUUGCGUUUUCCUGUUCAGGCAGCUGGUGGGGUUGGUGGUGCCAUGGCAAUUAGGGGAGUGAUGCCUAAACAUUACAGGCAUGUGCUCAAAGGAGGUCCUUCUUUGAGGGUGGACUUGCAUACAGGGGCGAUUGCUGAGGGGGUGUUGACUUUUCUGAUCUGUCUUACUUUACAUUUUCUUUUGCUCAAGGGCCCUAAAAAUGUUGUGUUGAAGGUGUGGUUGCUAGCGGUGGCUACUGUGGGAUUGGUCAUGGCUGGAGGUAAGUAUACCGGCCCUUCAAUGAAUCCUGCCAACGCUUAUGGAUGGGCUUAUUUGGGCAAUAGGCAUACCACCUGGGAUUUCUUCUAUGUCUAUUGGAUUUGCCCCUUUAUAGGGGCAAUUUUAGCUGCUUUUGUUUCUAAAUUUCUUUUCAAGGCAGCACCGAUCAAGGAGAAAAAAGCCUGAAGAGUAGGGAUAGAUGCAGUAGUAAUUAAGAUUAGUAUUUAGUUUCCAUCUUUAAUGUCGUGUUUUCCCUUGCUUAUGCCUAUCUUCUCUUCAUGAAUUGAUCUCUUUAAUUGGGAUGAUUAGCUAAAAAACAGAGAGAUAUUUCAGCUUCAGCUCCAUAA